CUCGAUUCCAUGCUCCCUUCCAAUCCGCACCCGACGUCACUCCCUCGCUCUCGUCGCUCCACUCCUUUCCUCACCUCCGGCGAUGGCCGGCCGCCUCGGCGGCGCCGGCUCAUCUUCGCCCCUGCCGCGGGCGCUCCUCCUCCUCGCCGCGGCCGCCCUCUUCUCGCUCUCCUUCCUCACCCUUCGAUCGCUCCGCCCCGCGGCAGUCCCCUCUAUCUCCCUCGACGAAUCACGCCUCCUCGCGCCCCCCUUCUCGCCGGCGCCGCCGCGGCCUUCGGUGUACCACUCCCCCGAGGCGUUCUCUGCGGGGUACGCGGAGAUGGAGCGGAGCUUCAAGGUCUACAUCUACCCGGACGGCGACCCCAAGACCUUCUAUCAGACGCCGCGGAAGCUCACGGGCAAGUACGCCAGCGAGGGAUACUUCUUCCAGAACAUCCGCGAGAGCCGCUUCCGCACCGAAGACCCUGACAGCGCCGACCUCUUCUUCGUCCCCAUCUCGCCCCACAAGAUGCGCGGCAAGGGUACUUCAUAUGAGAAUAUGACAAUAAUAGUUAAGGAUUAUGUCGAGGGUUUGAUAAACAAGUAUCCUUAUUGGAACCGGACACUAGGAGCAGAUCACUUCUUUGUGACAUGCCAUGAUGUAGGUGUGAGGGCGUUUGAAGGACUUCCAUUCAUGGUGAAGAACUCUAUUAGAGUUGUCUGUUCACCGAGCUAUAAUGUUGACUUUAUACCGCAUAAGGAUGUUGCUCUUCCUCAAGUAUUGCAGCCAUUUGCUCUACCUAAAGGAGGAAAUGAUGUUGAAAACAGGACAAAUCUUGGAUUUUGGGCUGGCCACCGCAACUCAAAAAUAAGAGUUAUUUUAGCACGAGUCUGGGAGAAUGAUACAGAGCUUGCUAUCAGUAAUAAUCGGAUUAGUAGAGCUAUCGGAGAGCUAGUUUAUCAGAAGCAGUUCUAUCGUACUAAGUUCUGUAUCUGUCCUGGUGGCUCUCAAGUUAACAGUGCUCGUAUAUCUGAUUCAAUACACUAUGGUUGUGUCCCUGUUAUUUUGUCGGACUACUAUGACUUGCCUUUCAAUGAUGUCCUUGACUGGAAAAAGUUUGCGAUUGUACUUAAGGAGCGUGAUGUAUAUGAACUAAAGAGUAUCCUGAAAUCUAUAUCACAGGAAGAGUUUGUUGCAUUGCACAACUCUCUAGUUCAGAUACAGAAACACUUUGUGUGGCAUUCACCUCCUAUUCCCUAUGAUGCAUUCCACAUGGUUAUGUAUGAACUUUGGUUGCGGCAUCAUGUUAUCAAAUACUAAGUUCAAGGCUACACACAGGCUGACUCCAACAUAACUACCUGAUCCACCAGAGUGAUAUUGUGAAGUCUACCUGCUUAGCUAUACUGAAUAGGACCCAUGCUCUUCGCCUUGUAAUUAGCAGCUGGAUGGGUCAAAAGGAUCUGCGGGAAAGAAGCAGACCAUCAUCCAUAAGGUGCAGCUAUGUAAGGUGCAACAGAAAGCAUCUGGGUGAAAGCAGCAGGCCCUCAUCAAUAUCGUCAAACUGGAGUUCUAGUUGUUGGAUCUAUUGUUUCAUUCUUUCAAGAUUAGCUGGUUUUUCCUUGUAGCUUUGUUUUUCUUGUUUGCUUUGAUAUACUCAAAUUUAACGGAUCUGCCUGAGCGACCGCUUGUAUUCUGAUGCUAUAAAUUUUGCACCUGCUCUUGUAUAGUAAUGUACGAUAUCACUGAUGAGACUGGUAAGGAUCCAGAGAUAUAGCAGAUUGACAAGCUAGCAUUACAAAAGAAA